GCUAAGGCGAGCUUUCUGGAAGUUUCCACCCCUCCCUGCUGAGCAACUACUAAAUCAAACCAUUCAAUGACAAUGGAUCCGAAGAACAUCAGAAAAAGGAAAUAUAGUGAGGAUUUCUUACAAUAUGGUUUUACCUCAAUAUUUACAGCGGGAAUCAAGAAACCGCAAUGUGUAAUUUGUUGCAACGUUCUAUCAGCUGAAUCGAUGAUGCCAAACAAACUGAAACGCCAUUUUGAGAGCAAGCAUCCAAGCUAUGCUGGCAAGGAUACAAACUAUUUUAGAACCAAAGCUGAUGGACUCAAGAAAGCCAGACUUGACACUGGUGGCAAAUACCACAAACAAAACAUAGCAGCCAUUGAAGCUUCAUAUGUGGUGACACUCAGAAUCGCCAGAGCUAUGAAACCUCACACCAUUGCUGAGGAGUUACUGUUGCCAGCGGCCAAAGACAUUGUUCGACUUAUGAUAGGAGACGAAUUUGUGAUGAAAUUGAGUGCAGUUUCCUUAUCCAAUGAUACUGUCCACAGAAGAAUAGAUGACAUGUCUGCUGAUAUUCUUGAUCAGGUAAUCCAAGAAAUUAAAUCUGCUCCACUUCCAAUAUUUAGUAUCCAGCUAAUUUAACAAUCUGACAGCUUAUAUACACCUUGAAGAUGUUCUUGGAUAGCAUCAGAAUAAGUGGGAAAUACUUGUUGUUGUUAAUUGCGAAGUCGUGUCCGACCCAUCGCGACCCCAUGGACAAUGUUCCUCCAGGUCUUCCUGUCCUCUACCAUCUUCUGGAGUCCAUUUAAGUUCACACCUACUGCUU